AUGACGAGCCUGGAAUCGAAGCUCACAACGCACGGCUUCAAGUUCCGCAACUGGCCUGGCCCCGGUGAGCAAGCCGCCGCCCAGUUCGGCCUUAGCCACGCCGUCAUCGUUCCCGCCAACACGCGGACCGUGAUUAUUGGUGGCCAAGUGGGAGUUAGGGACGAUGGAACUGUUCCGUCAGACUUGGCCGAGGAAGUCGCGGAAGCUUUUGACCAUGUCGAGAGGGCUCUGAAAGCGGCCGGUCUAGGUGACGAUGCCUGGGAGCACGUCUACUCGAUGACUACAUACGAGGUUGAGAAGGAUGGCCAAGGAAUCGCCGGUAUUGUUGUGCCUAUUGCUCGGAAAUACCUCAAAGCAACUAGACCCGCAUGGACUGGUAUUACACUCGGAAAUGUCGGAAUGAACAACUGGAUUCGUCUCCUUUACUCGCCCUCCCUCACGGCAGAGAGCACACAGCCGUCUCCCGACUCGAGUCUAGGCCAUUUCCCCAGAUACGCCACGCCAAUAAGAGCAUCAGAAUUUAACUCCCCGGCAACGCAAAUCCGAGUAUUCCAACACAACUACGACAACCUUGGCAAAAUGGACCUCAAUGUCGAGAAGCCGCAGAACGACGAUGAAGCCCGCCUCGCCAUGCUGGGCCAGAAGCAGGAAAUGGGCCGCCACUUCAACGUGUGGUCGCUGAUUUUCCUCGCCUUCUGCACCAGCGCCUUUCUUAGAGGCCAUGAAUAA